AUGCGGAACCUUUCUUCCUCCUGGGCCCUUGUUCCCUCCUCGCCUUGGUUCCGGACGGAAGCUUUGGGGAGGACGCACUUCCUUUCCCGGCGGUGCGCUCUCGUCUCUUCCUCUCACGCGGCUCCUUUCCGCAGCCAUGGCUUCUCGCAGGAAGGCUCCGCCAGCAGCAGCACAGCAGCAGCGCCGGCGCCGGCGGCGGCUCUUCGGGGUCGGCAGCAAAGCCAAGGCCAAGGCGGCCCCGGGGAGUCUGCGGUGAAGCAGGUUCCAGAUCGACGGACUGGGCUCUCUGUUUCUUCCAUCUGUUUCCCGUUUUCCUUUAGGUGUGUCCUGAAAGAACUGGAAUCCCUGGGAAAGGAGUUGUAUGGGGCAAAAUUAAUCGCACAGAGAUUUCAGGUUCGCCAUUGCUCUCACUUCCAAAAUCCAGUCAGUGGCUCACUUUGCCUCUUGUCUAUGGCUGAAGGGGGCAACCCACAUCACUAUUUCAUUGCCACGCAGGACCAAGACCUUGCAACAAAAAUAAAGAAAAAAGCUGGGAUUCCUCUCCUGUUCAUAAUUCAGAAUACUAUAGUUUUGGACAAACCUUCUGCCAAAUCUUUGGCCUCAGUGCAAUCAAUGCAGACCAAUCAACUUAUUCCGGAGCAUCAGAAAGUGAGCAUUGCACAUCUGAAAGAAGAACAGGGCCUAGUGAAAUCCAUGGAGACCAAAAAGAGGAAAAGGAAAAGGCCGGCUGGUCCUAAUCCUCUCAGUUGCCUGAAGAAAAAGAAAAAAGGCCAAGAGACCUCACAGUCUUCUACAACUAAAAGAAAAGCAAACAAGAAGCGUAGUAAAAGGAAACUGGAAACAACAGCAGGGUCAGGAUCACAGGAUGUUGAAGCAUAAAAUCAUCAGAGAAAAUGGGUGGGAUUAGCUGUUAUUCGAACUUUAGGCAAAGACAUUAUCUACUGCUACUACAAUAUGAAAAUAAAUAUUUGUUAUUUCUUUUUGAAAAACAA